AUAAAAUAAUCCUCUGUUUCCGCUGGCGUCCCACUCCCACCCGGCUCUCGUCGCGUCCUGUGGUAUGGCGCCGCAGCGGCCUCGGGCGCUCCUCCGACGACCGCUCCCCUCCUCGUAACCACCGUCCGUACCCAUCCAAACCCCGCAGACCACCACGGCCGCCACGGCAAGCGUAGGAGCAGCCUCUCUCUCCUCGAUUGGGUCAGCCAUGGCGGCCGCACUUCUCGCCGCCGCGCCCUCGCCUCUCCCGCCGGCAUCCUGGAGACGGAGGCCUCUCCUCGUGGCCCCGCCGCCCGCUCUCCGCCGCCUCAGGGCUCCAGCCUCCGCUCCUCCCCGCAGAGCUCUCGCCCCCGUCGCCAGAGCCGCGCGCGGGGCGGCGCCCGCGCGAGGCGGCGGUGAGGCGACGGAGGGGCUGGGCCAGGCGCCCCGCGACUGGGGCGCUCUCCCGAGGCGUCUGGUGCUGUUCGCGCUCCUGGGAUCCGCUGCUCUGCUCGGCUGCCGCGGCGCGGCGCUCGCGGCGGCCGAGGACUCCAUCAAGGCGUCCGGGUUCGGGCUGCGGGUCGCGGCGUCGCUGCGGAGCCUCGGCUGGCCCGACGACGCCGUCGUGUUCACGCUGGCCACGUUGCCGGUGCUGGAGCUGCGGGGAGCGAUUCCGGCCGGGUAUUGGAUGCGCCUUCACCCCGUCCGGCUCACCGUCCUGGCAGUUUUGGGGAACAUGGUGCCUGUGCCAUUCAUCAUCCUCUACCUGAAGAAACUCGCAACUUUCCUCUCGCAGAGAAGCGCUUGGGCGACCCGGAUAAUGGACCUCCUCUUCGAGCGGGCGCGACGGAAGGCUGCGCCCGUCGAGGAGUUCCAGUGGCUCGGGCUGAUGCUGUUUGUCGCCGUCCCGUUCCCAGGCACGGGAGCAUGGACCGGUGCCAUCAUCGCGUCCGUCCUGGGCAUGCCGUUCUGGUCAGGCUUGUCCGCCAACUUCGUGGGAGUGGUCCUCGCAGGGUUGCUGGUAAACCUGCUCAUGAACCUCGGUCUGAAGUACGCCAUUGGCACCGGGGUGCUCCUCUUCAUUGUAUCAACUGUCAUGUGGGGUGCCCUUCGGGGUGUGAAGAAAUCGUUGAAUACGAAAUGAUGCUCUAGCUGAAUGAAUCCACACUGAAAUGUUUUUGGUCCGUUAAGAGGAGUUUAUUUAUAAUAACCCUUGCGAGGCCCGUUUGAUCA